AUGAAAGUUAAAGUAUUUACGAAUCCAACCAGGCAACAAAGUGACGAUGGAACCGGCGCCGAAGUCGACAGAAGCAGCGGAACCAACGAACCCGGAGGCGGAACCGUCGACCUCGACAGAAGGAUCUGUUCCUUUCGUUCCGGAACCGAUGAAGUCAACAGAACAGUGACGGAACCGGCGCCGAAGUCGACAGAAGCGGCGGAACCAACGAACCCGGCGGCGGAACCGUCGAUCUCGACAGAAGGAUCUGUUCCUUUCGUUCCGGAACCGACGAAGUCGACAGAACCGGCGACGGAACCGUCGAACUCGACAGAAGAGGCGGUUCCGACAAAAGAACAGUCGAAUCCGACAAAAGCGGGGGAAGUGCCAAACAGCGGAACCGACCGACGAAUCUCCGCCGACAGAGGAGACGAUGCAGAUGAGGAGGAUGAGGAGUAUAAUGAUGACAAUGAUGGCGAGGAAAAUCGACAAUCUCCACAACAGCAGGAAGAAAUUCCUCAACCGGAUCAAACCCCACCGGAAGAACCACUUCAACCGGAACAAACAGAAGACGCUGAAGCAAUGCCUUCAGAUGCACAUGUCUCUUCUUUUGCACCGGUCAUGGUUGAUGAUGAAUAUAUACCACUGCCACCAGAGAAGUUUUACUUUCGUCCAGAUCAGUAUAGAAAGAGUUGUAGGAUAUCAUCGAGGUGUUAUGUGAAUGAUACGGUCAAGGACAUCAAGAAAUUCCUCAGGCGUUGGAAUGGUUUUCUAGUCAUCCUCAGUUUAAGCAUAUCUUUCAUAUGCCUCUGGUACUCCAUUAAGGAGCAUGCGCUGCUGAGUGGAUUGGAUUGUCAUGACUACCCUAGCAACUAUGGGGAGCUGAAGGACAAGGAUGCUGGCGAUUUCAAGUUUGUUGAAAAGUGGUUCAAGAGAAGGACCAAUAUUACCAUAGAAGAUGUGAAGAAGAAGCUACCGAAAGUGAAGAGCGCUGUUAACAAGAAGAAGAUGGCUGCGCUAUAUUUCUUAACCAAUGUCUUGAAAGCGAAGUCCAAAUAUAAAGGAAACAUAGAGCCAUUCUUUCUCAAAGUCGUGGAUGAUUUGGACUUGUGCGAAAAAUUCCCUUGGGGCCGUUUGACCUUUGAUGAUUUGGUAGAUGAAGUUAAGAAAGUAGCGAAGAAGUUCAAGGGAGGCGUCGUCAACGAGAAGGAUUCAUGGACCUUUUCUGGAUACAUUCUUCCUAUUGAGGCUUUUGCGUAUGAGUGCAUUCCUGCGCUUGCUCGAACCUUUCGAGAACCUGUUCAUGCAGAGAGCGACUGUCCAAGGUUGUGCAAGCACAAUUUCAAAGCGACUUACAUGAAAGGUUAUCCACUGUCCGAGAUAAACGAAGCAAUUGGGAGCAAUAGGGAUAUCAUAAGCAUCUUGGAACCAACCUCAGAGGAGGAAACCCUUAUGGAGCGCAUCAUAGACCCUGGUUGUGAUGAUGGGAUUGGCUACGUGGAUCAUUUAGUCGACCUUUGGAGAAACCAUCUAAUCGUCCAAAAGAAGAAGAUAUGGUGGGAGUCUCUGUACAAGAUUGACUUGGCCGGCAGAGGUAUCACCGAGUUUGCAAAUGAAGUACCAAUGCAGGCACCUGACAACGGUGGAUCAGUUCAGGGAAUGAUGGAAACGAUGAAAGCUUUGAUCGAGGAAGCAACAAAGAAGUUGGAGGAUAAGAUGGAUGAUGUUACCUCAGAGAUUAAGGCAAUGGUUGGGGACUUAGAUGAGAGACUUGAUAUGGUUGAAUGUUAUGUCAAUGAGCAACGAACCAAGAAGGCUCAUGAUAGAAGCGGAGCAAGUAGUUUUCCUCUAGGUUCUGCUUUUCGGACUCCGGCCGAGAAGGUGGUAGCAGGGGAUAUAAGUGAAGAAGAGGAGGAGGCGGAGGAGGAGGCGGAGGAGGAGGAGGAGGAGGAGGAGGAGCAAGUAGUAGAACCGCCAAAGAAGAGAAGAAAAGAAACUCCAGCAGAGAAAGAGAAGAGGACAAUCAGACCUUCAGCUAUUCUCUCAUCUCCAUAUGUGGCUGGUCAGGCAAAUAGAAAAAGAAAAGGCAAGACAAGUGGAAAAGGGAAAGGAGGUGCAAAGAGGCCGUACAACACACGUAGGAAACAAGGCUGA